GGCGGUGUAUGUGGCAAGGUCGAAUAGUUCGCGUUGUGUUGGUGACAUCGGUGCCCCAUUGCUAGGUACUUGUAAUAAUUACACCCGAAAACCACAGAAGCAAACUGCUUGCACUGGACUGUUUUUAUUUGCCAUAAGUUGUAUUGGGUGGUUCCGAAACUGUGGCCGAGUCUCAGAGGAUUUUGUAGAUUGGUUUGCAUCUGAGUAUUCCCCUGCUAUUUGUCGGCUAUUUGGUAUUGACAUGAUGACGAAAAAUAUUUUACCAUCUAAUUCUGUACCUACCAGCCAUAUGAAAAAUAUUUGUCAGUGCUAUUGAUGAUGUCCAUGUUACACUCAUUUGCUGGUUAUUGUGCAGGCAUUUUGUGUAUUAUCACUGGUCUGCAAGCCAUGACAGAUUUUAUGAGGCCUUGUUAGAGCAGGGGUUGAGCACAAUCAUCCAUUUGGAGAAGGUCAUUUUAAUUUUGGUGGCAUGAACUGUUGAAAUGGGGCACAGAGGGCAUGGCCAUGUGCCCUGAUUUUUAUGGCCAGAGUACAACAUGGUUGAAUUGGAUAGUAAACCAAGUUUUGGUGGUAAAUAAGGCUAAUGAAAAUUGACCUUAAUGGCAAAGUUUGGGUCCUAUUUGGGGCAUGCUUCUGUGUGCAUCAAAUACCUUGAUAGCAUGGUUGCCAAGGUUUGUAGACUGGCCUAACCAUGUGUGUACAUUCAAAGCAGACCUCCCCCCUCCCUCCCCCUAGGGCACAAGUCCCUUCAUUUUUUAUAUGGAUUAGUAUGUUCCCAACUAAAUUUCAACAGCAAAAAAAUUGGGUAAGUACUUAAAAAUCCCUAAAUCUAGAAUGCCUGUUAGCUAUAUGUAAUGCAACAAAUUUCUUACAUCUUGUGCUAGGUUAACCUGGCUUCCAGUGAAAACUUUGGGAUGUGGCCCCACCUUCAUGAAAGCCAGAAAAUGUUCCUGGCUGUGGUAUAUUUUUAUAUGGACUAGUUGUGCCACUAGCUGGUGUGUGCUGGAGCUGCAAGGACACAGGCUGUUCCACAAAACUGUUUAAUUGAAGGGAUAUAUAAAUAUAGUUGAAUUUUGAAUGAGUAUGGGGAGCCCAAAUUCAUACCCAGGUUUUGCUAUGUAUUCAGGCCUAGGGGUGGGGGGCAUGAACUUCAUGGUAGAUAGUUUGGGGUAGGAGUGUCAUUUUGUAUACUUUUGGUGGGCCUGAGCAUCACCAAUGCUGACUUGAGCUCCCUCAAUGUUUUUCAGAGCCCUCCCCUCAAUGCAUAUGAGCAAAAAGGGAAUCCUGGCCAAGGAUGCACAGCAAGUGUUGGGACUGCUGCUUGUGCCAACAUUUAAGAUUCUCAAUCAUGGCAGCAUUGUGCUUUUUAGGGAUCGAUGCACCAUCAGUCAUCUAUAUCAAUCAAUAUGUUGUGUGUGUGUCUGUAAAUUGUAUGUCAUUGCUUAGGUGCUCUGAUAUCUUAUUAUGCACAACCAUGUGCUUGCUAUUUGUAUGAUUAUCAUUAUUAUCACAUGCCUUUGAUUAUGUGUGCUGUGCCUAUGUGUUACAGUCAUAUGCAUGUGACCCCUGGUAAGGUGUCAGCAAGCAGAUCAUCAAAUGGCAUUGUUUGGCACUCAGCUGAUCGUCACAAUGGUGGCGGCAUGUGUGCUACAGAAGCUCGGGCCGUACUAUUCGCUGGCCAGGUGGCUGCUCUGCUCCAGUGGCCUGAGGAGAUAUCGCUACCCAACCGACGAGACCUUGAGGGACGCCGCCGGUGUUGCGAAAAACGGCAAAAAGAAAGGCAAGCAAGACGAAAACAAGGACGGUGGCUUUCUUGUGCCGAAGAGUGCGGCGUUUGAGCUGGAGACAUCCCCGGUGGAACACUUCGAGGUCAUCGCUUUUAACUACUAUGCCGAGUACCAGUGGCUGUUGGAUUUCGCCGUCUGCACGGUCUUCGUGUAUGCGAUCACCGAGGCCUACACGUACCUGGUGCCGCCCAAGGACGAGGUCAACCUGAGCAUACUCUGGUGCUUGAUGGCCGCCGGCUUCGCCAUAAAGAUUCUGUCACGACUGACGGCCAUGUUCUUCCGCUCGACGGCCGGCUCUGGUGAGCUGGAAAUCUGCGCCGUCUCCGGACUCGCCUACUUUGUCGUCUCCAUGGUGAUCCUAGUGACCAGCGACGAGCUGCUGGAGCUGGAGCUGGAGCAGGCCUACGACAGCUUUAAUGACAGUGCCACGCACUUUCUGCAGGCGCACGGGAUGGGCUCCAGCGGGCCGGCGUCCAUGUUCGCGUUCCGCCUGCUGCUGGCGGCGUGGUCCGGCUUCGCGGGCGCUAUCCUCAUGUUCCCAGGCCUGCGCUACACACGCAUGCACAGGGACUGUCUGAGGUUGUGCCAGGAGAACCGACCGCUGCAGCUCUUGUACCACCUCAGCUUCGUCAUGCCACUCGUCAACGUGCUGACUUGGGUGCGGCCGCUCUCCAGAGAGUACCUGGCCGAACGGGCGCUGCCCUCCACCGGCGCGCCGCUGAUGAGCGGCGCCUGGUUCGAGAGCCUGCGCCUUUGGUUGCUGGCGGCCACGGUGUGUGUGCGCCUGGCGCUGAUGCCGCGCCACCUGCAGGCCUACCUCGACAUCAGCCAGCAGAAACUGGCACGCCUCCGAACCGAGGCCGGCCGGAUCCGCAGCACCGAGCUGCAGCGCAAGAUUGUCAGCGUGUACUACUACGUAUGCGUGGCUGCGCUCCAGUUUGUGACGCCGCUCAUCCUCAGUCUCUACUUCACCCUCAUGUACAAAUCGCUCGGGGGCUACUCGUGGGUCGGUGACCCGACGGCUGCGCCGGCCAUGGUAGCCGCCCCGCCGCCGCCGCCGGCGCCGACGGCAGAGCUGGACUCCGCCACACAGCACGUGACGUUCACGCUGGCAGCCGUCAAGCGGGUGUUCACGCCCGGCUUCUACCGCGGUCUGCUUGGCUACCUGACGUGGUGGACCAGCUUCGUCAUGUUCACCAGCUCGGUGGUGGGCUCCGGUCUGCUGGGCUACACGUGAGCCGGCCCGGCUGGCGGGCCUCAGUAGUCCGUCAGCGGUGCGCGGCGGUCAGGACGGCCGUCGGGGGUGGGCGGAGCGGGCGGGGCGCCGCGCUGCGUACCGGUCGCGACGCGUGCCGGGCGGGAGGGGGCGGCGCCCGCGCGGCGGUGGCUGUCAUCGCACGGGCCAGAGUCUCUGAGGACGCGCUUUGAUGGUGACGUCGGACUCGGGCCGGCCGUCCUCCUCCGCUGAUGGGAUGCGCCGAACCGCUGCUGUGCCGUUGACUAUGUGUGACCCCAUCGCUUUGAACGGCGUGCUGAUCGGUAUGCUCACCAAGUGCAAUGUGCAUAGGCCUGAGGUAUUUGCGUGUUUGUGUGUUUUCACGUCGGUCUUCGACACUUCGUCGCCAAGAUCGUCUAGGAAAAGGAAAGGAGAAUGGUUCUUGGGCUCUUGUUUUCGAGGCCGCAGGUGUUUUAAACGUGGAUCUGACGUGUGUCUCAGAACAUUUGUACGUUUUUACCUCACCUCGGUGUCAAAGCAUUUGUCCAGCCGUUGUCAGCGUCGUUCAUUAGGAUUGUUGUUGUUUUGAAAUACAGGUAUGAGCUG